AUGUCUCGCACUGCUUUCAUCCUCCUGUCAGCUUUACUGCCAGCAAUCCUUUCAACUGACGUCAAUAAUAAUCUUGAACAGCAUUCAAGAUCAAAACGUCUAGCCAUUCACCCGUCGCAAUGGAGUACACAUCUCUGGCCGGGUGGUGUAGUCCCGUACGAGAUUGCUCCCCAUUAUGACAACUGGGAACGAAAUGUUAUUCUCUCGGGAAUGGCCGAAUUCCCAAAGCACACCUGCAUUACGUUUCGACCUCGACACGCUGGAGAUCGGUACUAUUUGACGAUUAACAAGUACUAUAACCUUGAAAGGUGUUUCUCUUACAUUGGUCGUCAAACGACGCACCUUUUCCGUACUCCAGAAGGGAAUGUCGAGACCCGUAUGCGACUCGACCCAAGCUGCCUUAGAUUCAAUGGCCGUGGUACUGUAAUGCAUGAAUUGAUGCAUAUCAUUGGUUUCUAUCAUGAGCAUCAAAGGGACGAUCGCGAUCCACGGAUUUCAGGCAGCCCCACGCAUUACAACUUUAAGAUUUAUCCACGAUGGUCGACCUAUUACAUGGGAAAAUACGACCCAACUUCAAUUAUGCACUACAACUUCCCCGGUAUCGUCUAUCCCCGCACGUACUUCAGUGUCAGCGACAUUCUGCGUAUAAACACCUUGUACCGCUGCCCACAGGUAUUCUUUGCCCUUAGUUUCUUAGUUCCUAGUUCCGAGUAG